CUGGUGGCUUAAGUCCAGGGAAAACAAAGAAGCCAUCAGAGUAAGAAAAUAACAGUUUUAAAGACCAUCAGCUCUGUCAUAUUGUUUUUGGACUGAUCUGAAUCAGCAGGGCAGGCAGGAUCCAGUGGGCAGUAAUAAUAAAGUGUGCUGUUAUUACUGCUGAAAGUGACAGCGAGCCCAAACACGGCCAUGGCGGACACCGAGGAAUGGGGAAAGCCUGUGGAGAGGAAAGGGAGGCUAACUGUAGUCCUGGCGCUGGCAACACUCAUAGCUGCAUUUGGUUCGUCCUUCCAGUACGGCUACAAUGUCUCUGCGGUCAACUCUCCAUCGCAGUUCAUGCAGCAGUUUUAUAAUACAACCUACACGGAGCGUUACCACAGCCCGAUGGAGGAGAACGUCCUGACUCUGCUGUGGUCUCUCUCCGUGUCCAUGUUCCCUCUCGGAGGCUUCUUUGGCUCUCUGAUGGUGGCCCCUCUGGUCAACAAAUUUGGGAGGAAGGGAACCCUCCUCUUCAACAACAUCUUCUCCAUCGUCCCUGCUAUAAUGAUGGGAGUCAGUGAGAUCGCCAAGUCCUACGAGAUCAUCAUUGUGGCCAGGUUUAUAGUAGGCAUCUGUGCAGGUCUCUCUUCCAAUGUGGUGCCCAUGUAUCUGGGUGAGAUCGCUCCCAAAAACCUGAGGGGAGCUCUCGGCAUUGUUCCGCAACUCUUCAUCACUGUUGGGAUCCUCUGCGCCCAAGUGCUGGGCAUUAGAAACAUACUGGGAAACAGCACAGGCUGGACCCUCAUGCUUGGCCUUACUGGUAUUCCCGCCGCGAUUCAGCUCCUGCUGCUCCCCUUCUUCCCUGAGAGCCCCAGGUACAUGCUCAUCCAGAAUGGAGAUGAGAAGAAAGCAACGAAAGCACUGCAGCGCCUGCGUGGGUGGGACGACGUGGACAGCGAGCUGUUGGAGAUGCGUCAGGAGGACCAGUCCGAGAAGGCCGAAGGUCACCUGAGUGUGUUCUCCCUGCUGUCCCAGCGCUCUCUUCGCUGGCAGCUGAUCUCCAUAGUUGUCAUGAACAUGGGCCAGCAGCUGUCAGGCGUCAAUGCGAUCUACUACUAUGCAGACAGCAUAUACGGCUCUGCAGGAGUCAAGGAGAGUGACAUCCAGUAUGUCACAGUGGGAACGGGAGCAGUGAAUGUCUUUAUGACCGUAACUGCUGUGUUCAUCGUGGAGGCCUCAGGUCGCCGUCUGCUCCUCCUCUGUGGUUUUGGGAUCUGCUGCGGAGCCUGUGUGCUGCUCACUGUCGCACUCAACUUGCAGGAGACUGUGACAUGGAUGCCCUAUGUCAGCAUCGCCUGUGUCAUCAUCUACGUCAUCGGACAUGCCAUAGGACCGAGUCCCAUUCCUUAUGUGGUGGCCACUGAGAUGUUCAGGCAGACAGCCAGGCCUGCGGCGUUCAUGGUGGCGGGCUCCGUCCACUGGCUCUCCAACUUCAUUGUAGGCCUUAUCUUCCCCUUCCUCGAGCGAGGCCUGGGCCCCUACAGCUUCAUCAUUUUUGCCGUCAUCUGUCUGGUCACCCUGAUCUACAUCUGGCUGGUGGUGCCCGAAACAAAGAAGAAGACAUUCCUGGAAGUCUUCCAGAUGUUUGCAAAGAGGAACAAAGUGGAGUUAAAUCUGGGUGACGGCGAUCUCCCGCUGAAAGAGCUCAAAGAGAGCCCAGAGGAUGCACAGAAGGCCACGCCCUUCUGAAGAAAGAAGAAGGGCAUUGAUAGAAGAGGAAGUAUUCACUGCGGGUGUGGAGCGAGGGAGUCUGUGUGUGUGGUAGAAGAUUUGACAGUGUUUUAAUUUUAGAUGCCUUUGUGUGCUUUUUCUUUGUAUUUGUGCCUGCAGAUGUUGGCAGAUUUCCAUGCAGGCUAAGGUUUGCUGUGAGUCGGUGUAUGCACUAGAUGCAGCCUUAAAGAGGUGUGAAGGAGUCAAUGAGCAAACAGCAGGUCUCUUGUAAGCUUUUAUUGAUGACAUAUGAAUGCGGUACAUGGCUCAAGCUGUGACGUGUUUUUAAUAUUGGCCUGUAGGCGCCUUGAAAAGCAUUUUGUCCUUUGUAAAACAUACCAUAAACCCUUCAAUCAAAUCCCCACCAUCAACAGAUGAUAUUCUGGCUUGUUGCAGCAUGUUGAAGCUCAUACAAACAGAAGCAUCAGAAACAUCUGUACUGACUGUCCAGCUGCACCCCUCCAUACAUGCUCAGUUUUAGUCUGGCCAAAGCAUAACUGACAGAAUCUUUCUCCUGGAAGAUGAGCACCAGAGGAAACAAAAA